AUUGUGGGAUAUACCGACUUGCAUCAGAAAUAAAUAAGCAUGGCUGGCGAGGAAGAGCAGAAAAGUGGAAGCAGGCAACCCCACUUGUCAAAACAAGAUCUCACAACACUUGAUGUAAAGAAGUUGACACCCUUAACAGCUGAUGUAAUAAGUCGACAGGCCACAAUAAAUAUAGGAACAAUCGGCCAUGUGGCUCAUGGGAAGUCAACAGUAGUAAAAGCUAUAUCUGGAGUGCAGACUGUCAGAUUUAAGAAUGAACUUGAAAGAAAUAUUACAAUUAAAUUGGGCUAUGCAAAUGCCAAGAUCUACAAAUGUAAUAACGAUGCCUGUCCACGGCCUGGAUGUUACAGAUCGUGUGGUAGCGCUACCCAAGAUGUCUUUCCCUGUGACAGACUUGGCUGCACAGGCAAAUUUACUCUUCUCAGACAUGUGUCCUUUGUUGAUUGUCCUGGUCACGACAUUCUUAUGGCUACCAUGUUGAACGGUGCUGCUGUCAUGGAUGCAGCUUUGUUACUGAUUGCUGGAAAUGAAUCAUGUCCACAACCACAGACAUCAGAACAUCUGGCUGCCGUCGAGAUCAUGAAGCUCAAACACAUCCUCAUUUUACAAAACAAAAUAGAUCUUGUCAAGGAAACGCAGGCAAAGGAACAGUAUGAACAGAUAUUAGCUUUUGUCAAAGGUACUGUAGCUGAGGGAGCUCCAGUGAUUCCAGUAUCAGCCCAGCUGAAAUACAACAUUGAUGUGGUGUGCGAGUACGUCGUCAAACAGAUUCCAGUACCCAUCCGCGACUUUCUGUCGGAGCCCAGGCUAAUUGUAAUUCGAUCGUUUGAUGUGAAUAAACCAGGGUGUGAGGUUGAUGACCUGAAGGGUGGUGUUGCAGGCGGCAGUAUACUCAGAGGUGUACUCAAGGUAGGUCAGAAAAUAGAAGUGCGACCUGGUAUUGUUUCACGCGAUCAGGAUGGCAAGUUGACCUGUCGGCCGAUUCUCUCUCGGAUUGUUUCACUCUUUGCCGAACAGAAUGAUCUUCAGUAUGCAGUGCCUGGUGGAUUAAUUGGUGUUGGCACAAAGAUUGACCCGACAUUGUGCCGUGCAGACAGGAUGGUGGGCCAGGUGAUUGGAACCAUUGGUGCUUUACCAGAUAUCUACACAGAGCUGGAAAUAUCUUUCUUCUUGCUACGUCGGCUUCUCGGAGUCAAAAUGGAAGGAGAUAAGAAAGGGGCAAAGGUGCAAAAGCUAACGAAGAAUGAGAUAUUGAUGGUGAAUAUUGGUUCUUUGUCCACUGGAGGCAGAGUGCUUGCUGUCAGGGCUGAUUUGGCUAAAGUUGGUCUCACCAACCCAGUGUGUACAGAAAUAGGAGAGAAAAUUGCUUUAAGUCGACGGGUCGAGAAACAUUGGAGAUUGAUAGGAUGGGGUCAGAUCAGAAGAGGUGUCAAGGUCAAUCCAGAAAACAAUUAAAACAGAGAGGGAUCAUCUGAAUUGGAAGUACAUGUAUUUCUAGAUGUUGGAAGGUGCUCCAAGGAAAAUUAAUAGUGAUUGAAGAAGUCUUGAUAAAAAUAGGAUCAAAAACAUCUGAAGACUUGAUUGUCACAACAGUGAUGGAACAUUCCUUUUGCUUUUGAAUAUUUAUGACAUGUAAGGAUUAAUAUAUGUAACAAUUUUAUUUUUAAACUGGGAUAAGGGACACUUUUCAUUCAACAAAUAAAGAAGAAGAAAAAAGAUCCUUGGUGCCAAACAAAAAGGGUUUAUGUAGAUUAAUUCCCAACAUUUCAUUGACGAUGGCUACUGUGCCAUGAUAGGUUAUCGAAUUGGUUUUCAUUUGUACAAAGACUUAAAAUAUUAUAAUAAAAAUCUUUACAGUUA